GUUAAAUAGUAGUAUAAUCUAUAAUGUAAACUAGAUUAUUAAACGCGCUUUUUCACUUGUUUUUCCGCCCACAGGUCACCUCUCUUCCUAUCUACUCCAAAUGGAUCAUUUCCAUUCAUACUCAUACAUAUCUCACACCUCCCCUUCCUAUUAUACUAUUAAAAUUACUACUAUUCUCUAUAUAUACACAUAACUUUUCUCACAUUUGUUCAUAUCACAAAACUUAGGAGGAUCAAUUUAUUACAAACUCCUCCUCCAUAUAUUAAUUAUUUCUUUCAUACCUUUAAUUUAAUUUCAUUCUCCACUUUGCUUUAUAGCCAUGCAUGAGAAACAACAAUUGAACGGAGCCUACUACGGCCCAUCAAUCCCACCACCAAAAUCCUACCACCGUCCAUCACGCGGCGGCGGUUUCGACUGUUGCUGUGGCUGUCUCUUCAACCUCAUCUUCAAACUAAUCCUCACCGUCAUAAUAAUCGUCGGCAUCGUUGUCUUCCUCUUCUGGCUCAUAGUUCGUCCCAACGUUGUCAAAGUUCAUGUCACAGAUGCAACUCUCACACAAUUCAACUACACAAACAACAACAACAACCUUAACUAUGAUCUCUCUUUAAACAUCACAAUUCGUAAUCCAAACAAAAAACUAGGAAUUUACUAUGAUUCCAUCGAAGCUAGAGCAUUGUACCAUGAUGUUAGAGUUGACUCUGUUUUUCUUGACCCAUUUUAUCAGGGACAUAAAAGUACUAACUUGUUGAAUCCUUCGUUUAAGGGUCAGAAAGUGAUUGUUCUUGGUGCUGAUCAGAGUUUGGAUUUGAGUAAAGAAAAGGAUGCAGGUGCUUAUGAGAUUGUUGUGAAGAUGUAUCUUAGAGUGAGGUUUAAAUUUGGUGCGUUUAAGACAAGGAAGAUGAAGCCAAAGAUUACAUGUGAGUUGCGUAUUCCUUUGAAAUCUGCCGGAGGUUCAUCGGCCGGUGGUGGUUUUGAGGCUACCAAAUGUGAUUGGGAUCGUUGAUGGAUCUUCCUGUUUGACCCGGCUCUGUUUUAUUCUAUUUGUAUUUAUUGUUUAUAAAUAAAGUCGUAGGGAGCAAGAUAUUUUGGCUAUUUGGACAUAGUCACUUCUAGAGGGUUAUUUUGGGGAUUUUAUGCAUUUCAUAUUUUCAUUCAUUA